AGCUGUCCGAGCUUCAAAUGUGCGCAUAUUUCUUGGUGUCGCUGGGCACUGUGUAAUAGAUUACUAACGUGAGAAGAGUAUUGAAAAGUCUUUUGGAGACGUGAGGUUGGUUGUUAUCGUGAUGGUUCAUUUGGUAGAAAGCCGCGCUAUUCGAUUGCUCGGAGGAAUGUGCGCAAGUGCGUUGCAAAGUCACGUGGCAGCGAUACUUCCCGCAGCGUGCCGGUCGGAGAUUCAGGAAGGGACCAUGUGCAAUUCCGCCAGACCUUUCAGCGUCUCGCACACCACAGUCGACCAACACCCUGACGCUCCUUUGCGUGCUACGGCUUUCUCCUUCCCCAUGUGAUGGGCAUCUGCGCAUCCUGCUGUAGAGCGCGACAGCGUCACCCUCAAGAUGAAGAUAUUGAAUCCAUGCUGAGUGCUAGCAUUCCAAAUUAUGGUACCCUCGACGACAACAGCUCGGUGCAUCUGGACGAAGAGGAGGUUCGGCGAGAGAGAGAGGCUUUGGACAACAUCACCACCCAGGCAUCCGAUCACAUGAUCGAUGUCCUCCAUCCGAGCCAUUCCGAACAGAACUUCGACAUCAGCAGUAUGAAUAAACGUCCCUUCAACACAAGCCUGGCACAACAGGAAUCUGGAGCGAACGACUCUGCACCGCCCGAGAGUGACUAUGCGGCCGAGGAAGCCGCGUGGCUGGAGAGUAUACGAGCGGCGGAUGAGGACACUAUUCACAUGCCACGUCACGGAGCUCUAGUCAUGGACGUCAGUCUGCGUGACAGCCACAAGGCAGCUCAACAAGACAUUGCAUGAUUUAUCCUCG